AUGUUUCCAUUAACUGGGAAAACAAUCGUCUUUGACAGCUUCCCCGAUCCCUCAGAUACAUGGGAGAUUAUUGAAACCAUUGGAAAAGGAACAUAUGGCAAAGUCUUUAAAGUAUUAAACAAAAAAAAUGACAGCAAGGCUGCAGUUAAGAUUCUGGACCCGAUCCAUGAUAUCGAUGAAGAAAUUGAAGCUGAAUAUAACAUCCUCCAAGCUCUCUCAGAUCAUGAAAAUGUGGUCAAAUUCUAUGGAAUGUACUACAAGAAGGAUGUAAAGAAUGGAGAUCAGCUUUGGCUUGUACUAGAGUUGUGCAAUGGAGGUUCUGUGACCGAUCUUGCCAAAGGGCUGUUAAAACGAGGUGAGAGAAUGAGCGAACUGAUUAUUGCCUACAUCCUGCAUGAAGCCCUAAUGGGUCUGAAACAUUUACAUAACAACAAGACAAUCCAUCGGGACAUCAAGGGCAACAACAUCCUAUUAACAACAGAGGGAGGCAUCAAGCUUGUGGAUUUCGGUGUUUCAGCUCAGUUAACUAGCACUCGCCUGCGUUGCAACACAUCUGUUGGAACCCCCUUCUGGAUGGCCCCAGAGGUAAUAGCAUGUGAACAACAGCUGGAUUCCAGUUACGAUGUACGAUGUGAUGUUUGGUCUUUGGGCAUAACAGCCAUUGAACUUGCAGAUGGUAACCCACCACUAACAGAUCUACAUCCAAUGAGGGCACUCUUCAAGAUACCCAGGUAA